GCUGCGCUUCCGCGGAAGCAAAGAAUGGGGGCCUUGCUGGAAACGCCAAAUUUUUACCCCUACCUAAGUGCGGUGAAAAACCUGGAAAUUGUGGCGGCCAUUAAAGAGCUCAAGCAUCCCAACAUUGAUGAAGUGCUGCAAACCGUCAACCUCUUUGAUCGGAAAAAUGAUAAAUUCAAAACCUACAGCCUGGGAAUGAAACAACGCCUGGCCAUUGCCAGUGCCUUGCUUUGUGAACCCGAUUUUUUAGUGCUCGAUGAGCCCACCAACGGCCUUGACCCCUCGGGAAUAGCCGAGGUUCGCGCCAUCAUAAACAACAUUGCCAAUCGGGGCAUUACCGUGCUCAUGGCCAGCCAUAUUUUGGUGGAAGUGGAAAA